AAGCUGAACCACCCCUUUAACUUUAUAUGAAUUAUAUAUGAAUUGACUAAUGAUGUCAUAAUGCCCCAACAUCCUGGUCUUUAUUGUCCAGCUUGUUUUUCCAGGUGGGUCAUGUGAUGUUUACACAGGUGCAGGUGGUUAUGUCACAAUUGACUUAUGAUGUCAUAAUGCCCAACAUCGUGGUUUUAGUUGUACAGCUUGAUUUUCCAGGUGGUCAUGUGAUGUUUACACAGCUGCAGAUGGUGAUGUCAUAAUGUCCCAACAUCUAGGUCUUGACUGGCCAGAUUGUUGACAGAUCAGUUGGUGUUCAGUCGCAGUAGAGUUAACAGCUCUGCUGCUUUUGUCAUCAACUAUCUUAGUUUGUGCCAGUGUUAUUACUGUGUACCAAACUUCAUCAGAUUUAAACUUUUUUAGACUUUUAUCACAUUUCAUCAAACUUCAUCAGACUUAAACUUCAUUAGAUUUUCAUCAAAUUUCAUCAAAAGAAUUGACAUUUAAUCAAGUAAGUGCUCGGCUUUCUAUGUUCAGGGAAGUAGUGUGAGAGCCUAUAUUGUGGCCCGCACCUUAGUUCUACUUAUAGGAUUGCCAUUCCCUCAUUAUAGCAGGCGGAAGGCAGUUCGGGGAGAUUGUCGGCCCGCAGAAGAGGCGAUUAGUUGCCAGGCGACUAAAUCUCCCCGAAUCUGCCCGUGUGCCCCUGCCCUUAGAAGCGCAACACUACUUACUACUAUGUACAGGGGCAGUUGCUGUUACCAUUUCAUUACUGACUUUAACUGGGAAUAAUAUAAUUGUAUUGGGUUGUUUUAUCUAUGGAAAGUUCCUUUUGUUUCCAAAUACAAUUAGAGAUAAUGACCUAUUUAUCACUGUUUAUGUUGCAGGAGUAGAACAAUGUCGAGAAGAGAAUGUCGAUGUUUAAGAAUUAUCCGAAAUGUAUUUCGACGUAAAAACGAGGUUCAUCCUCUGAUCAUCGAUGAUACUAAGCCGAUGAACUACAACGUGCCGACCCCCGUGCACCUUUUCCAAGUGUCGCCGGUGAUGUGUCCAGAAGCACGGAUAGAGAAAGACGAAAAGGAGAUCGAAAAAACGGUUAUAAAAGAAGAAACCGUAGAGGAAGAGAAAAUAGAAAUCGAGGAUUGUGAAAGCAGCUUUUCUGACCCGAUUCAGAUGACUCCUAGUUCUGGAGCGAUAUUGAUGGUCGUACAAGAAGCUGAGAUAGAACAAGAAUCCACUUCAGAAAUCGCCCCUGCUGUUUCCUUACCAGCCGACUGUACUGAACUGCUGGAGAGAUAUGCGCGCCGUCAGAUGGAAGGAAAAGAUCUUACAGAUGAUUCAGAAAGCAGUACUUCAUUGGUGACGGAAUAUCUAGAAGAGUCAGAAGCAGCAACAGGCAGUGACGAUAGCUUAGAAUUCCUAUCUGAGCCGAUUAUGAUUGAUCCAAGCUCCGGGGCAAUGCUGAUUGUGGUCCAAGAGGCCAAGACAGGUACAGUGUAUGAUCCAUCCCUAGUUCUUGUACUGUCUGUGGCCAAACUACUUAACUAUAUGUACAUUUAGCAUGCAGUGUAUUUGGAAA